AUGGCUCUCUUCAGUACCUGGCCAGCUGCCCUCCCGGCCAAAUCACACCUCCUGGCCCGUAUCUUCCCAGCACUUCUUCUCAUCAUCCCCAUCGCCGUCUCCCUCACCUGCACCUGGCUUCUCUUGGCCGACACCUGGCUGAGAAUCUUUUGCACCGUUUUCGUCCUCCGUUACACUCGCUUGGUGGGCCAUCUUCUCGGGUCAUGGAUAUACCGUGCUCGCGAAGUGAGCCCCGAUCCGGCCUUUACUCGCGGAGAUGUCACUGUAAUCCUUCCUACUAUCGAUCCUCACGGCCCUGACUUCAGGGAGUGCGUGGAGAGCAUUUUUGCGAAUCACCCGGCUUGCAUUUUGGUAGUCACAGUUGGUGAUCCUCUUCGAGAAGAAUGCCAGGCUGUCCUACGAAAGUUGAGCCUGGAUGCACCGCACACAGAAGUCUCCGUUGCAGCGCUCUCAGAGCCGAGCAAGCGUAGACAAAUCACCCACGCUAUGCCCAAUGUCACCACACCCAUCACCAUUUUUGCUGACGAUCAUGUUUUCUGGCCAGCCGAUUUCAUCCCCUCUGUUAUCGCGCCCUUUGACGACACUCACGUUGGUGUUGUCGCUACCAAGAAGCGCGUUCGACGAACAACGCCUGGACAAUGGUCCUGGCCAUCGAUAGUCAACUUCAUCGCGUGCAACUAUCUCGAGCGUCACAACUGGGAACUCCGAACGUCUAAUUCUAUCGACGGAGGUGUCUUUGUCACCUCAGGUCGCACAGCUGCAUACCGCACUGACUUUCUCAACAACGCUGACCUUUUGGAACGCUUCUGUCAAGAAAAGUUCUUUUUCGGCCUGCUGGGCGGCGAUGGUCUCGGCCCGGAUGAUGACAACUUCCUCACCCGCGAAGCCAUGAAGAAGCACUGGCUUAUCGUCUUUCAGGACACUGAGGAGGCAACUAUCCAGACAACGCUCGGUGAAUGGCCCAAGUUCAAGGAUCAACUUCUUCGAUGGGCCCGAACUACUGUCCGCAGCAACCCCGUCAUGCUCCGUGAUCCCGUCUUUGUUUACCGGUAUCCCUGGAGUGCAUUCAUGGUGUAUUGGGCAUCGCUGUUCAACUUUGCCAUACUGUGGGAUGUCCUACUCGUCUUCACACUCGUCAAGAGCUCAAACGUCGGUGCUGCGGACGUUAUUCUACUGCUGAUUCGGAUGCUCUGGACAAAGUCUGUCAAGCUCAUUCCACAUUUGCUGGAGUAUCCUUCUGAUCUUCCGUUGAUGAUCUUUCAGAUUCUUUUCGGUUACGUGCAUAGCUUCAUCAAGCUCUGGGCAUGGAUCACUUUUUGGGACUGUGGUUGGUCUGGACGUAACCUUGAAGGUGUUGGACAAGCUGAACUUGACACUGCUUUCCGUAAGGUUGAGUAG